AUGUGGGAACUGCGGUCUGCCUCCUUCUGGAGGGCCAUAUUCGCUGAGUUCUUUGCAACCCUCUUCUAUGUCUUCUUUGGGCUGGGGGCCUCACUGCGUUGGGCCCCAGGACCCUUACAUGUCCUGCAAGUGGCUUUGGCCUUUGGCCUGGCCCUGGCUACACUGGUGCAGACUGUGGGCCACAUCAGUGGAGCCCAUGUCAACCCUGCAGUCACUUUUGCCUUCCUUGUGGGCUCCCAGAUGUCCCUCCUCCGGGCCUUCUGCUAUAUGGCAGCCCAGCUCCUGGGAGCUGUGGCUGGAGCCGCGGUGCUGUACAGUGUCACCCCGCCUGCUGUCCGAGGAAACCUAGCACUCAACACGUUGCAUGCUGGGGUGAGCGUGGGCCAGGCCACCACUGUGGAGAUCUUCCUGACGCUCCAGUUCGUGCUCUGCAUCUUUGCCACAUACGACGAGAGGCGGAAUGGCCGUCUGGGCUCUGUGGCCCUGGCCGUUGGCUUCUCCCUCACCCUGGGGCACCUCUUUGGGAUGUAUUACACCGGCGCAGGAAUGAAUCCCGCCCGCUCCUUUGCUCCUGCCAUUCUCACCCGGAACUUCAGCAACCACUGGGUGUACUGGGUGGGCCCCAUCAUUGGAGGGGGCCUGGGAAGCCUCCUGUACGAUUUUCUCCUCUUCCCCCGGCUCAAGAGUGUUUCUGAGAGACUGUCUAUCCUCAAGGGUGCCAGACCCAGUGACUCCAAUGGACAGCCAGAGGGUACAGGGGAGCCUGUUGAACUGAAGACCCAGGCUCUGUAA